CUAACUAAGGAUUGCACAGGUCCUGUGGGUGGAACUUUUCUGAGACAUCGGGGCGGAGCACUUACCCAAAGGGAGAAUGCCUCCAAGUCUACGGACUUCGGCCCGGCACGCCCCCUCCGUACAGCAGUUGGCUAGAAUGCUGAGCGCCAAAUCCAGCGUCUUGCGCAGGCGCACUGGCGUCGAAGGAGUCAAAGGCGACUCCGCAGCGGGGGCGGGGCCAGGGGAAGGACCAGCUGACGCAACCGACGAAGGGGCGGAGCCAGAGCCUGCUUGGGACGGGGCGGGGCCCGCAGCAGCCGUUCGGCGUAGCAGAGCGAGGAGGGGGCGGAGCCCGCCGCGUGCCCGGAAGCGCUCAAUUCCCUCUGCUGCCUUGAUGUGGCGCGUGCGAAGAGCUAAGAGCGCGCGGCCCAGGGGUGUCUCGUUGGUAGCUGGGUCCUUUCCCCAGCCCGGCCCCUCCCCGGCCGCCGCCGUGAGUUGCGCGAGGCAAAACGAGAGCGAGUCCGUAAGGGCCGGUCUCGCAGCCGCCAUCUUGGCCCGGGCCUAAGGCUCCGCCCCGCGUCUCGCCGGUUCUCUGAGAGAGCGGAACUGGAAGAGAGGGGCGUGGCCAGGCUGCUCCUCUGAAUAGCGCCGCCGCAGUUAUCAGGCGAGUCGGAAGUUGAAGUUCUAGAUUCUGGAACUUGGGUACUUGCACAGUCGCAGAAGACAUGGCGAGAACGGUAUUUAUCUGUGUGAAAGUAAGAGGCGUGUCCGGUGCAUGCUGGGAUAUGUAGUCGGCCCAACCUUAGAGCAGUUUGAAAUGGGCUUAAGAGUGAGCUGUUGCUUCUAGAGCUAUAGGUGCUGUCCUGGGCUGCCCAGCGUGACUUAGCUACUUCGCUCCCCGUACGUCCUUGUCAGCGACCGCCUCUCCUCGUUCAGAUUUUAUUGGCAACCCCCAAGCGCGGUGGCCUAGGGUCCCGAAACCGGACUGAUCAACUCAUAGAACUCCAAGCUUUCGUUAAGUGAUUGAGAGAGUUAAACCUACCGAGAAAGUUCGCUGCUGCUUCCUAGAGCAGCUCGGGCUUGUAGACCUUUCCGUUUCCGGUGCUGGCCUCCAAGCCCCCAGUGUCUUUUCUCCAGCUGAGCUAAGUGAGUGGCAUUUCGGAGACCGAGCGCUCUUCGUCCGCAAUGGAACUUGCGGCUAGGGAGAAUCCAGAUGGGGUGAAGCUGCUGGGGAACCGGACAUCAAAAUUCCCGGGAGCCCUCAAGUCGCCCCUCGACUGCGAGGCUGAGCUGCAGGAGUGCCCUCUCCUGGCGCGGCCAGAGCAACCAGCCGCCGGGGCAAAGUUGCUGGAGCAGCAGUACCUAUAUAGGUCAAGCUCCGGCCCUGAGGAAGAAGCCUUUGCCAAGACCAAUGAUCCUAUAGUCCCCAAAGCUUUCAGGUGCCGCGGUUGUGGGCUGACUGUAGCCAGCCUCUCUGACCUCAUUCACCAUCAAAGCAGCCAUGGGUGUGACCGGCCUUACAGCUGUCCAGAGUGUGACAAAAGCUUCCGGCGUGGCUCAGAUCUGGUUAAGCACUACAGGGUGCACACUGGUGAAAAACCUUACCCUUGCCCGGAAUGUGGCCGUUGCUUCAGUCUCAGCUCUAAUCUCACUAAACACCGGCGUUCUCACUCAGGUCUCCGGCCUCAUAAGUGCAUGGAGUGUGGAGAGGCCUUUGGCCGCAGUGCAGACCUAGCAAAACACCAGAGGGUGCACACUGGGGAGAAGCCCUAUGCUUGUGCUGAAUGUGGUAAGACUUUCAGGGUGAGCUCCAACCUGAUUCAGCACCAGCGUACUCACACUGGUGAGAAACCCUACCGCUGUGGACUCUGUGGCAAGAGUUUCAGCCUGAGCUCUAACCUUUUACAGCACCAACGCUGUCACACAGGUGAGAAACCCUACUUCUGUGCCUGGUGUGGAGACAGCUUUGGGCGCAGUUCCUACCUGCUGGAACACCAGCGUUCACACACAGGCGAGAAGCCCUACAAUUGCUGUGAGUGUGGCAAGAACUUCACCAACAGCUCAAACUGCCUAAGGCACCAGCGCACUCACAAUGGAGAACCGCCUUUCAGGUGUCUUGAGUGUGGACGUGGCUUUAGCGAGAGCACCAUGUUCAUUGAACACCAGCGCAUUCACUUGAGCCAAUAACAGGCCUUUCCAGAAUAUGGCAAAAUCUUACACCACAGUUUCAUUAAUGUUAACACAUGGGCAAAAAGUCCUAGAAGUUUCCUGGUUGCAGCUAGUAUUUUGUGGACAAUACCAGCAUAUCCACGCAAACCAAAGACCUUACAUUUGCAGCAAGUGUGCCAGGGUCUUCAGGCAGAUUUCCCACUUGCUCUUCUACCAGGUGACCCACAGUCGCAAGAAGACUUCCAUCUGCUUGUAAGGUGGCAAGGCCUUUGCCCAUAACUCCCAACCUUGUCUAGCACCAAUGGAUUACCAAGAGGGGAGCUUCUGCAGACAUCCCUGGCUUCAAUUUUAAUCCAGAUUUUGUUUCUGGGUUUGGUCCAGCCCUGAGAAGCCUGCAGGAACCAGGGUUUUUAAGCAGACUCCUUUUCUGAAUCCCUUAGAUGGUUUAAUUAAGGGCCAAUAAUAGGACUCACAGUUGCCACCUGGAUUGAGCCAGGAACCCCAGGCUAGAGCAUAGCACUAGAGCUGUGGCUACUACCUUCAAAGAGACAAGAUCUUAGGGGGAAAAAAAAAGGUCCUGCUGUUCCAUGAAAUUAUAUUCAGAGUAAUGUCCAUUAGCUAGAGGGAAGUUUUUAGAUGUCCAGAGCCAAUAACCUUAACCCAGCUGCUUUGAGAUAGAUUAACCAUAACCAAAGCAACAGCAGCCAGGGCGGUGGUGGGACACACCUUUAAUCCCAGCACUCGGGAGGCAGAGGCAGGUGGAUCUCUUUGAAUUCAAGGCCAGCUUGGGUUACAGAGUGAGAUCCAGGACAGGCACCAAAACUACACAGAGAAACUAUGUGUGGGGGUGGGGGUGGGUGGGGAACAGCUACUUUUCUCAGAGGAAGAGGACUUACAAGCCAGGCAAAGUCCCUGUUGAGGACUACAAUAGCAAGAGGUUGAAGGUGGACAAGAGAGAAUCAUAAAGAAGGCUAUGUUCUAGCAAAAGGACCAAAGAAUUUGAACUUGGGAUUGUUUCAUAAGCUCUGGGUGUAGGAUCCCAUUCAAAGAACUCUCACCACUUAAUAACUAUCUUUACUGUUCAUACUAGGAUGGUGGGGAAAUGAGGUCAAAACAAAGAAACAGACUUUGAGUUCAGGAUGCUUUAUAGUAUUUCUAGGCAUGGGCAAAGGCCCGAGAUUUGUCAUCUGGCCCUUUCCUAGUCCUCAAUCCCUAAAAAAAAAAAAAAAAAAAAAAAAAAAAAUUCCCCUGCCCCCACCUCCACUUCUUUAUUCCCCUCAGUGGAAGAAUAGUGGGAACUUCUGGACUUUGGAGAUUCAGUGUGGCCUUUUUGUCUGACAUAGAGGCAGGUU